CGGCUGGGCUGACCCUCACCCUCCCCUCCCCCCGAGCCCUGACGACACGGCACGCGAGCGAGCACGAGUCCGCCACCUCGCGGGCCGCGGCGUCGUUCGUUAGAACCAAGGAUUGGAUUGGCCUCUCUCGCCGAGGAGGAGGAGGGAGUUGGUGGCGAGAGGAGGGCUUGCGGGGAUGGGGAUCUCGAGGCCCCUCGCGGCGGCGGCGCUGCUGCUGCUGAUCGCCGUCGCCGGGGCGGCCACCGAGGAGCCGGUGGCGGUGGCGGCGGACUCGGUGGCCGGCGCGGUGGAGGCCGCGGCGCGGGCCGAGGAGGCCAAGGAGGCGGCGGCGCUCAGGGCGGAGCUGGACCAGCUCAGGGCGAAGAUCUCCACCUUAGAGUCAGGCAUAGCAGAGCGGUCCCAGGAACUGAAGAACAAGGAUGAUGGCAUUGCAAAGCUAGAGAAAGCCAUUGAGGCGAAGUCACAAAAGAUUGCUUCUCUGCAGGCCGAGAUUGCUUCGCUCCAAGCGAAGGGAUCUAUAGCUGCUGAGGAGCAGGCAGGCAAGGCCAAUGCCCGGGCUGUAGAGCUUGAGAAGCAGAUUGACAAGCUCAAAAAGGAUAUUGAGGCACAAAGCAGCCAGAGAACAGCACUUGAAGCUAGGGCUAACGAUGCAGAGAAGAAGGUAGAAGAGCUGACAGCAAAGCUUAACGCUAUCCAAAAGGAAAGCGACGAGCAAAAACGCAAAAUCAAGAAGACAGAACGUGCUCUUAAAGUUGCUGAGGAGGAACUGAUGAGGCUCCAGCUAGAAGCAUCAGCUAAGGCAAAGCAGCUGACAGAGGUUCAUGGAGCAUGGUUGCCACCUUGGUUAGCUGUGCAAUACGCUCACUACAUGGAGGUGGUCUCAGGCCACUGGAGUCAACAUGGGAAACCUGCCAUGCAGAAUUUUUUGCAGAAGGCAUCUGAAAAAUCAGCACAGGCAAAGAAAUGGGCUGAACCUCAUAUUGAGACUGCAAAGACGGUAGUGUCUCAUCACAAAUGGGUCCCUGUUAAGGAAAAAUUGGUUGUCCUCAAGAAAAACGCAGAACCUUACAUACAAAAGGUUUCAACAAGAUCAGUGGAGUUGUACGAGUCAUCAUGGGACGCUGUUACACCCCAUGUCGUCAAAGCUAAAGAGUUCGCUCAUCCAUACUAUCAGGAAGCCAAGAAGUUUUCCAAGCCUUACAUAGAUCAAGUUGCUGAGAUCACAAAGCCCCAUGUUGAGAAAGUUAGAACUGCUCUGAAGCCGUACACUAAAAGAGUGGUUCAUGCAUAUGGGUCAUUUCUUGAGUCGGCAACCACAUACCAUCGCCAGGCUCAAGCAACCAUCUUGGACUACCUUCACCAACAUGAGAUAACGAAAUCACUCGCGACAAAGGAGCUGGUUUGGUUCCUGGCUUCUGCUUUGCUGGCUCUGCCUGUCUUCGUUAUAUACAGGCUUCUAAUAAAUACUUUCUGCACCAAAAAGCCUAAAAGAUCUCGUGGAGGUAAUGGUAACCAUGGCCACAGGAGACACAAGCGCCGGCACACAGACAAGUAGAUCAAUUAUCCAGCAGUUAGGGUUCGCCUGCUGUGUAUGGUUGCAUAUCUUGAAGCAGGAUUUGGAUUGCUCUCCCUCCCUGGGGCUCUGUUGUGCCUAGCCAUGGAGAAAGGAGACCGUGGAAACAUUGUACACCACCAACAUUUCUCUUCUUUUGCAUCUUCGCCCCAUGUGUAAUAUGGACUUCAGUUGCAGCAGACCUUUUAUCUGCACCUUGCUGGGGUUCAGGGGUUAAGCCUCGGCCUUUGUUUUAUUGUUCAUUAUUGUUUAUUGUAACCUGUGAAUGCGUUUGGGUUUGCGUGCAUGUUCUUGUUGGUGACCUAUAUUCAACCCAUGUAUAACAAAGUGGUUGUUUAGCUACGUGGCUGGAGUUGAGCCUAUUGGUCUCAUCUGUGUGUGGUUGGCACAGUGACCUGAUAGCUGUUGACUUUCAGUCGGUGAAGCAUCAUGGGAAGGAAAAAUAAUAUCUGCA